UUAUUUCUCCGGACUAUCUGUAAAAGUCUAGCUGUCUACAUGACAAUAUGCUAUUUCUAGUGUUGAUUUCGCUCUACGAUCUCUUCUUCCCUUGUCUUUUUUUAUCUAUUAGGUAAUUUUUUCAAAGAAAAUAUUCUGUAUUUAGCCUCUCUCUGUAUCUAUGUUUUAUAUAUUUAUCGGUAAAUAUGUAUAAUUGUUAGCACAUAAGUAAAAUAUUUCAGGAUAUGGAACUGAAUCAAAGAAGAAGGAAUUAGAAUAUGAUGAUUAUUUAAAUUCAAAAAAUUUAGUAUCUAAAUCUAGAAAACGAAGAAGUACGAAUAAAAAUACUGAUGAUGAUUCAAAUGCAUCCAAUCAGCAACCUAAAACCAUUAUAUUGGACCCUCUUUUUUUUUAUGAUGAUGAUGAUGAUAAUUUUUCAAGUUUCUUUAGUGAAUUAAUUUCCAACGAAGAUUGGGAAGACUGGGACGAUGAUUGGGAAGACUGGGACGAUGAUUGGGAAGACUGGGACGAUGAUUGGGAAGACUGGGACGAUGAUUGGGAAGAUUGGGACGAUGAUUGGGACGAUUGGGAAGACUGGAAAGACAGUAUUAUACCGGAUCCCAAAAUGCAACAUUUCGAAGAAAAUGGUCAGACAAUAAAUAGUUUCCAAUCCAAAGAAGAUAUAUCAAAUACGAAAAAAGAAAUUAAUACUAAGCUUACUGAUACAGAUAAUGAGAAAGUUAAAGGUAAAAAAAUUCAAGAUCUUACAGAACAGGAAAAUAUCGAAGUAAAUAUUGACGACGAUUUGUUGUUAGAUCAUAAAGAUGAAAGCAUUCAUAACAUAAAAGCAGAUAGUGAAAUCCAGUCCUCUAAAAUAGAUGGUAGUGAUAAAAAAGAGCAAAAAAACGAUCAACCCGUAAAUCACCCUGAUGAUGUACAGUUGGACCAAGAAACAGAUAAGAUCGAUAUGAAAAGUAAUGUAGAAAAAACCGAAACACAAGAUAAGAGACUAUUAGAGUUGUCUAAAGAUAAGAAUCCACAAAAUGAGAGUAAAGAGGACGUAAAAGAUCAAUUAGUAGAUCAGCCUGAUGAUGUAGUGUUAAUUGAAGAAACAUAUAAGGUUGAUAUAAAAACUAAUGUAGAAAAAAACGAAAUACAAGAUAAGAGAGUAUUAGAGACGUCUAAAGAUAAGGAACCACAACAUGAGAUUGAAGAGAAAGAAAAAGAUCAAUUAGUAGAUCACCCUAAUGAUGUACUAUUGGAUAAAGAAACAGAUAAGGUUGAUUUGAUAAGUAAUGAACACAAAUCCAAAAAACAAGAUGAGACAGAACUAGAGUCGUCUAAAGACAAGGAACCACAAUACGAGAGUGACGAGGAAGAAAAAUAUCAAUUAGUAAAUAACUCUGAUGAUGUACUGUUGGAUAAAGAAACAGAUAAGGUCGAUUUGAUAAGUAAUGUAAAUAAAUCCGAAACACAAGAUGAGAGAUUAUUAGAGACGCCUGAAGAUAAGAAAUCACAAAAUGAGAGAGAAAAAGAUCAAUUAAUAAAUCACCCUGAUGAUGUACUGUUGGAUCAAGAAACAGAUAAGGUCGAUAUGAAAAGUAAUGUUGAAAAAACCGAAAUAAACGAUGAAAGACUAUUAGAGACACCUGAAGAUAAGAAACCACAAAAUGAGAGUAAAGGGGAAGAAAAAGAUCAAUUAGUAAAUAACUCUGAUGAUGCACUGUUGGAUAAAGAAACAGAUAAGGUCGAUUUGAUAAGUAAUGAACACAAAUCCAAAAAACAAGAUGAGACAGAACUAGAGUCGUAUAAAGACAAGGAACCACAAUAUGAGAGUGACGAGGAAGAAAAAGAUCAAUUAGUAAAUAACUCUGAUGAUGUACUGUUGGAUAAAGAAACAGAUAAGGUCGAUUUGAUAAGUAAUGAACACAAAUCCAAAAAACAAGAUGAGACAGAACUAGAGUCGUCUAAAGACAAGGAACCACAAUACGAGAGUGACGAGGAAGAAAAAUAUCAAUUAGAAAAUAACUCUGAUGAUGUACUGUUGGAUAAAGAAACAAAUAAGGUCGAUUUGAUAAGUAAUGUAAAUAAAUCCGAAACACAAGAUGAGAGAUUAUUAGAGACGCCUGAAAAUAAGAAAUCACAAAAUGAGAGAGAAAAAGAUCAAUUAAUAAAUCACCCUGAUGAUGUACUGUUGGAUCAAGAAACAGAUAAGGUCGAUAUGAAAAGUAAUGUUGAAAAAACCGAAAUACACGAUGAAAGACUAUUAGAGACACCUGAAGAUAAGAAACCACAAAAUGAGAGUAAAGGGGAAGAAAAAGAUCAAUUAGUAAAUAACUCUGAUGAUGUACUGUUGGAUAAAGAAACAGAUAAGGUCGAUUUGAUAAGUAAUGAACACAAAUCCAAAAAACAAGAUGAGACAGAACUAGAGUCGUAUAAAGACAAGGAACCACAAUAUGAGAGUGACGAGGAAGAAAAAGAUCAAUUAGUAAAUAACUCUGAUGAUGUACUGUUGGAUAAAGAAACAGAUAAGGUCGAUUUGAUAAGUAAUGAACACAAAUCCAAAAAACAAGAUGAGACAGAACUAGAGUCGUAUAAAGACAAGGAACCACAAUAUGAGAGUGACGAGGAAGAACAAGAUCAAUUAGUAAAUAACUCUGAUGAUGUACUGUUGGAUAAAGAAACAGAUAAGGUCGAUUUGAUAAGUAAUGAACACAAAUCCAAAAAACAAGAUGAGACAGAACUAGAGUCGUAUAAAGACAAGGAACCACAAUAUGAGAGUGACGAGGAAGAAAAAGAUCAAUUAGUAAAUAACUCUGAUGAUGUACUGUUGGAUCAAGAAAAAUAUAAGGUUGAUAUGAAAAGUAAUGUUGAAAAAACUGAAACUCUAGAUAAGACAGUAUUAGAAACGUCUAAAGAUAAGGAACCACAACAUGAGAUUGAAGAGAAAGAAAAAGAUCAAUUAGUAGAUCACCCUGAUGAUGUACUGUUGGAUAAAGAAACAGAUAAAGUCGAUUUUAUAAGUAAUGUAAAUAAAUCCGAAACACAAGAUGAGAGACUAUUAGAGGCGCCUGAAGAUAAGAAACCUCAAAAUGAGAGUAAAGAGAAAGAAAAAGAUCAAUUAGUAAAUCACCCUGAUGAUGUACUGUUGGAUCAAGAAACAGAUAAGGUCGACAUGAAAAGUAAUGUUGAAAAAACCGAAACACAAGGUGAAAGACUAUUAGAGGCACCUGAAGAUAUACCACAAAAUGAGAGUAAAGGGGCAGAAAAAGAUCAAUUAGUAGAUCAUUAUGAUGAUGUACUGUUGGAUCAAGAAACAGAUAAGGUCGAAAUGAAAAGUAAUGUAGAAAAAACCGAAACACAAGAUGAGAGAGUAUUAGAGACGUCUAAAGAUAGGGAACCACAACAUGAAAGUGAAGACGAAGAAAAAUAUCAAUUAGUAGAUCACCCUGAUGAUGUACUGUUGGAUAAAGAAACAGAGAAGGUUGAUUUGAUAAGUAAUGAACACACAUCCAAAAAACAAGAUGAGACAGAACUAGAGUCGUCUAAUUACAACGAACCACAAUAUGAGAGUGAGGAGGAAGAAAAAGAUAAAUUAGUAAAUAACUCUGAUGAUGUACUGUUGGAUAAAGAAACAGAUAAGGUCGAUUUGAUAAGUAAUGUUGAAAAAACCGAAACACUAGAUAAGACAGUAUUAGAGACCUCGAAAGAUAAAGAACCACAACAUGAGAUUGAAGAGAAAGAAAAAGAUCAAUUAGUAGAUCACCCUGAUGAUGUAAUGUUGGAUAAAGAAACAGAUAAGGUCGAUUUGAUAAGUAAUGAACACGAAUCCAAAAAACAAGAUGAGACAGAACUAGAGUCGUCUAAAGACAAGGAACCACAAUAUGAGAGUGACGGGGAAGAAAAAGAUCAAUUAGUAAAUAACUCUGAUGAUGUACUGUUGGAUAAAGAAACAGAUAAGGUCGUGAUAAGUAAUGUAAAUAAACACGAAACACAAAAUGAGAGAUUAUUAGAGGCGCCUGAAGACAAGAUAUCACAAAAUGAGAGUAAAGAGAAAGAAAAAGAUCAAUUAGUAAAUCACCCUGAUGAUGUAUUGUUGGAUCAAGAAACAGCUAAGGUCGAAAUGGAAAUUAAUGUUGAAAAAGCCGAAACACAAGAUGAAAGACUAUUAGAGGCACCUGAAGAUACGAAACCACAAAAUGAGAGUAACGGGGAAGAAAAAGAUCAAUUAGUAGAUCAUCCUGAUGAUGUAAUGUUGGAUAAAGGAACAGAUAAGGUCGAAAUGAAAAGUAAUGUUGAAAAAACCGAAACACAAGAUGAGAGAGUAACAGAGACGUCUAAAGAGAAGGAACCAGCAAAUGGGAGUGAAAAACGUCCAAGUAUUCACAACCAUAAUAAUUAUGGUAAGAAUAAACAAAAAAAUUCAAAACACUCAUCCAAUGUAGACUGCGUACAUUGUAUUCUUUUCGAUGUACUAGAAUGCAUUUGCAAUUAUGUCAAACGUAUUGCAAGUGUUGUUGAUAAAAGAGUUUUAAGUAAGUAUUUAUUUUAUUAGGGUUAUUAUAACAAAGAUUAAAUUAUAGUAGGGGAGGAAAAUAUGCUAAAUGUUCAGUCGCUCGAGCGUUAUGGGGACCUACUUAUUAGGAGUUAUAGCUAAUGAAAAAUAGGUUCAUAUUCGUUAAAUUCCAAAUCGAAUAUUUUAACGUGAAAUC